AUGACCACUCGCCUCUACCUCGGUCGCCUGCCUCAGGACGUGCGCAGGUCCGACAUCGAGGACCUCUUCAAGGGCUACGGCCGCCUCCUCGAUGUCCGCAUCAUGGGCACCUUCGGUUUCGCCGAGUUCGAGCACCCGCGCGACGCUGAGGACGCCAUCAAGGACUUCGACGGACGCAACUUUAUGGGAGAGAGGAUCCUCGUCCAGCCUGCCAAGGCUGCACCUCGUCGCGACUUUGGCGGUGGAGGAGGAUUCGGCGGCGGCGACCCCUACGGUGGCGGUGGCGGAUACGGCCCUCGUGGUGGCUACGGCGGUGGUCCGCCGCCCCGAGGCCCUCCCCGCCUUCGCCGCGGUCAGUUCCGCCUGAUCGUGUCCAACCUGCCUCCCAACACCAGCUGGCAGGACCUCAAGGACAUCGGCAGGGAGUACGGCUCCAUCUCGUUUGCCGAUGUCGACCCCACGCGUCCGGACGAGGGCGUCAUCGAGUACGACCAGCGCGAGGACUACGAGAAGGCGCUCGACAAGAUCGAGGGCAUCGAGCUGCGCGGCUACAAGCUCCGCAUCGACCCCGCCGAACCUCCGCGCGGUGGCCGCGACCGCGAGCGUAGCCCCCCGCCUCCCAGGAAGCGGGACGACAGCCCUCCGCCUCGCAGGCGCGAGGACAGCAGGGAGCCACUCCCGCCGGCUCGCUACGACAGCCGCAGCCCGCCUCCCAGGCGCGAGCGCGACUACGACGAGCGACCGCCCCGCGACGACUAG